UGGAAGGAAGGACUGUAGAGGUGUAAUCACACAAGGGAGACUCUUUCCACCUCUCUGCAGGAUCUGAGAAAAAGGAACUUGACGCUGCUGUCUUGCAACUUACGUGAUUAACUCCAAAAGCCAAGAUGCCAGAAACAGCAGAAGCCGUGUCAGCCACUCUCACCACCAACAGAAACUGCACCAUAGAAAUAACCAACGUCAGCGGAAGCUACUGCCUCAUCAACCCCAAGGUGUACAUGACAAGUGGCUUCUGUCAGCACCCGCCCCAGCCUUCCAUUCGUACCACUAGGACCGAAGUGUGCUCCUUCACCAAGGACGACAACACUGCCACUGGCGCUGUCGGCCUGCUGACCUACGACCUGUUCCAUAUGCAGAGCCGGGUUUGCUCCGAGCGCAUGGCCAUCAUGUUCUCUGUGCCCUUUGACCACAACCUGUACAAGAACCGGCUGGCCGUGGGCGUGGUUGAGCAUUCCCGUGCCUGCGACAAACAUCUGUACGACCAGAUGUAUGAUGGGAAAGACCUCAGUAACUUUACCCGCUCUGACACAAGUGGCUGUGGGCUGCUAUAUAAAGCUACAUAUGUUGAUUUGAGGGCUACAAUGUCUAGUGUUGGUAAGGCCAUUGUUAAAGUGGAGCUCUAUGAUAAAAUGGGCCAUUAGUGUGGAAAAGUCUACUGAUAUUCUGCCUUUUUGUACUUUCUUGCUUUUGUACCCGACAGAAUAAUAAAAUUUCAUUUGGUUUAA